AUGCAUGCCGUUGAAAAUUGGAGUUAUAACGACGCCGAGGAUCUUGCUUACUUGAUGCUAUCCUACAUCUGGCAGAAUCGUCUCGAUCCUGACCAUCAUAUACGAGCCUGGCCCUUGUACGUAAACGUCCGGAGAGGAGAAAAGAGGAAGGAAUACUAUCGUCGCAUGCUGCGGUAUUGCCAACAUAGCACGCUACACCAAGCUUUCAGAAGCGGCUCUCAAGACGAGAUGAAUGCUGCACUCCUCGAGGGAAAGGACAUCAGUGAAGGGGACAUUUGGGGAUGGAGGGUUCUCCAUUAUGCCGCCGCGCUCAUGGCUUCGAAUACAGAUCCGCGCUUCCCAGCGGCACUUGAGGCUUUAAAGAUCGCACCAAGCAUGAUUGACACCCGUGACCUGAUAGGGUGGACACCGUUACAUUAUGCGGCAAAGAACCCCAACGCGGGUCGGCUUUUGGAUCAUAUCCUGGAGCACAGCAAUGCAAACGAGUAUGACAGUGAAUCAGCCCUUGACUUGUCAACACCACCUCACUGUGCAGCCGAAAUGGGGCUGGUCAAUCACAUCGAGAAGCUUCGGCGGUUCAAGCCUACUCGUGUCGUGAAGAAAUGGUUCAGUUCCCGUGAUCACAUGGGCUUUACACCCUUACACAGAGCCAUUCUGGGAGGACACGUCGAGGCAACGAGGGCAAUCUUGACAGCCGUGAGCCAAUGGUGGGGAAGAGAGGAGUAUUGGCUUCCGGUACAGGAACAUUGGAGAUAUAUUCAUUUUGCUAUUUGGUCAGGAAAGAUGGAAAUAUUCGAGCUUUUUCCUGUUGACAGAGAUUUGGUGCUUGAUUGGAUAACCUGGGCAGACAUAAACGGACUCACGCCUCUUCACAUGGCUGUGGCACGCGGCAACACGGACUUUGUCAAGGUCUUGAUAGAAAGGUUCACGGGUGCAGAGAGUCCAGACAUGGAUGGGAAUCAAUUGAGCCGGAAGGAUGAGGCAGGUUACACACCUCUGGAUAUCGCGAAGCAAGAGGGCUUCGACGAGAUUUGCACUCUUCUUCAAGAGGCCGGCGCCGAGCUGGGAACCCCGGACCGGAAUAAAUUUGUGUGGGACCGAGCAGAUCCCAUGAUGCAACUACCCAUCUAG